UUGCUUCACUCCGUUCUGGACUCUUACAGAACAAAUACAGAUUAACGUGAUAGCCUACAGUUUUACAGGAUAUAAGGGGUUUCUGUUUGAUUAAACUAAAGCUGUGAUCCUGCACUUGGUGAACAAGAUCUAGUGACCUGUUAAGAAGACGCCGGUUCUCCAGCUGAUCUGACAGAAAUGAACCAGGACCCUGAGGAGCAGAGUCCUGCUGCAGACAGCCAAACGCUGGCUUGCACGAAAUCAUGUUCAGAAACGACACAGAGAAAACUCAACUGGUCACGGAGAAAGGCACCAUGUAUAGCAUCACCAUGGAAAGUGUGUCCACAGAUGGGAUAAUGCAGAAGGAGAAGGACAGCAACAUCAAGCAUUGCCAUGACAACAGCCAAGCUACGGAAGACAGGGAGCGGGAGAAGCAGUUGGCCAGGAAGAGGCUCUACGUGGUCUCGGCUGUCUGCUUGGUCUUCAUGAUCGGAGAGAUCCUGGGUGGUUACUUUGCGGGGAGUCUGGCGGUGAUGACAGACGCCGCCCACCUGCUGGUAGACUUCGCCAGCUUCAUCAUCAGCCUGGUGUCUCUGUGGCUCUCGUCCAGACCUGCCACACGCACACUCAGCUAUGGCUGGCAUCGUGCAGAGAUCUUGGGUGCUCUCCUCUCGGUGGUGACCAUCUGGCUGGUGACAGGUGUGCUGGUUUACCUGGCUGUGCAGCGCCUCAUCAGCGAUAAUUAUGAGAUCGAGGGGACCAUCAUGCUCAUUACUUCAGGCUGCGCUGUGCUGGCAAACAUCAUUAUGGCUUUCACCCUGCACCAGUCUGGGCAUGGGCACAGCCACGGGGGCCUCAGCAGUGGGCACGGCCACAGCCACAGCACUAACGACAAGAGCAAGCAUGGGCACAGCCACGCGGCGGGCAAUGGGCAUGGGCACAGCCACAAGAGCAGCCACUCGCACAGUAACGGUAACCAAGAAAACCAUUCCCAUGGAAAUGGCGACGUGGAGCAGCACAAUGGGGUGGACGGUCAGCAGCAGAAGUCGGCGGGGUCACGACCUCAGGCCAAUGCCAGCGUGCGUGCUGCCUUCGUGCAUGUCGUGGGAGACCUGCUCCAGAGCAUCAGCGUGCUGGUCAGCGCCAUCAUCAUCUUCUUUAAGCCUGAGUAUAAGAUAGCUGACCCGAUCUGUACGUUCCUGUUUUCCAUGUUUGUCCUGGGAACCACCGUCACCAUUAUGAGAGACAUCCUGCUUGUCCUCAUGGAAGGUACCCCAGCUGGAGUGAAGCACGGUGAGGUGAGGGAUCGGCUGCUGGCAGUGAAGGGGGUGAAGUCUGUCCAUAGCCUCCAUAUCUGGGCCCUGACUAUGAACCAGACGGUGCUCACAGCACACGUGGCUAUAGAUGACAUAGUGGAUGCCCAGCCAGUCCUAAGGGAGAUGACCCAAACCUGCUUCUCCAACUACAACUUUCAUUCAGUCACCUUACAGCUGGAACAGCAGGCCGACCAGAAGCCUGGGUGUAGUCUGUGUGAGGACCCCAAAAUGUAGACACCUGUUUAAGCCCAUGGGAGAGGCCAGGAGUCCAGAGGAAUAAGGCUAAGUUAAGCUACCUAACCAGGAUUUAGUUGUAGCCUGGACACAGUCUUUUGGCAAGUGCUUGACUUGACCAGGAACAUAUUGGAACUGAUUUCUCGCACCUCACAUUUGUACCGCUAGAGUUCCUGCACCUUUUAUAGAAUGCGGCCUAAAAUAUUGCAGCGUUGUGGCACCUUAAUAUAAACAGCACUCCAAAUAGAAUAGAACACAACUUUUUUUGACUAUAUGUUACAGCGAACAACUCAAUCAUGGAUAUUGGACCAGAGGGGUAUACUACAAAGCAGGUUCAAUGUUUUAGGGCUCUAUUUUCAGCUGGUGUUAAGGAGGUGCUAGUGUCAUACGCAAGUUAGUUUGCAAUUUCGUCACGUGAAAACUGUCAGACUGGCAUUUUCCCACCCUAACGCCAGGUUUGGCAAUUUAUCCGUCUAACAUCAGCAUGCUUACGCUCAGAUGGGAGGAGUGUAAAUAUUUUAGGCGUGCCCUUAACAUGAUCCAAAGUACUAAUUUUAGCUGGCACUGGCAGGGAUAUUUAAGACCGAUCAAAAGCUGGUUUUAAUGGUAACGCAGUUGGUUAUGGUAUGAAUUUUGACAGCUGAAACACAGCCUAUCCAGCCGUGACGCGCACACUGCCCACAUGAACAUGGAACAAGAUGUGAUUUGGUACCUGUAUACUUCAUAUUUAGAAACAUAAAACAUUCAUGUUUUUCCCCCAUUUUAUUUGAUUAAAAACCAAGCAUAGCCUCCCCUCUCAAGGAAGGCUGUUUUCUUUUUGUCCUGCCCAAUGUAAUCAAGUAGGCUAGACAAGACUGUCGAUAAAGGGUUUGGCUCGUGAGACCUCUUGGAAAUAAAUCUUAAUCACCCAAGCUUUAUUAAAAUACUGUAUCAAGUUUGAAAGGAGCAAAAGAGCUGACAUUCCCUUUUUAUCUGUGCAUUGUAGGCAGGCCUACAUUAUUUUAGCCAUGCUUUGGACGUGUGUAAGACUCCCUCCGUGAUAUAGGUUACAUGUCUACGUGCCCAUCGUGAAAGGAGAGAUGAGAUCCUCGGUGAAUACCGGUGAACCUCGUAUUUAGAAGUUAUUUUCAUGUAACAAUUGCUUGUUUUCCAUUUCAACUUUAAAAAAAAAAUCCAAGCCCUCCACAGACUACCCUUACCCUAGGACUACUAUAGCGAAGGCUGGUUCAACAGCAAUGUGUUGUGUUUUUUUUAUGAUGGUGAUUUUGUGAUAUCAUUACAUUUGACAUGCAUUUAUUGUUGUUGAAAAAAAAUAAAACAGAUUUCUUGCU